CCCACAGCAUGUGUCAGUGCUGGGAAAUUGUGCGAUCACAAAGUACAGAACAUACAAAAAAAAAAAGAAUUGAACACAGUAGGCUGGACAAUCCUGUCUAAGAGCUGAAGAGGAAAUACGUGCAUGUUGUUGAUAAGAGCUGUAAAAACACUUUUUCGGACCCAUGGAGCGAAGAACGGUUUUGCAGAGCGCUAUUGAUCCAGGCGACAGCUGCUUAAUGGACAGAUUGUAAUGUCUCAACACAGCCCAUCAAACAGAAGACCCCACCGAACAGAAGACCCCACCAAGGCUUAAGAUGGGACUAAAAAGAAUAAAACAGAUCAGCCUAAUAUGGGUUGCCAUAUCACUAACUGCAUUAAGCAGAUCUCAAACCAUUCCAGCCAUUAAAAAUUUGGAGUGCCUCAAUGAUUUUGAUAAGAAAAUGUUUUGUUUUUGGGAAAUUGCUGGUUCAAGCAGCAAUUGCAGUGAAGAUUUUGCCUUAACAUUUGCACAUCAGCUCAUACACAACGAUCUAAACAGAGGCACGUGUCUUGACCUGCAAAAUGAGCAGUUGGAUGGUUCUGCGGUGCCUAAUAAAUGUAUAUGCAAUAUUCCUCGACCUUUUUUUGUAUUUGCUGAUGUCUAUCUAAUAGAAGUGGCGUCACAUGGACAACCAGUUGGCAAUACAACAAUUGAAAUUUGCUCCACAGUUAAGCCAAUCGCCCCAUCAAAUGUCCGAAUUGAAUUUCAAGACGAAGAGAACGGUCUAGUGCAAUGGAAUAUCGGUUAUGAGAGCAACUUUAUCCUAUCCAAGCUGUCCUAUCAUGUACAGAUCCUCUUCAAGCAUGGCAGAAAAGUGGAAAAAGAGGAUUGGCUUACACAAUUGGAGCUCCGAUAUAAAUUCAGCAAACGACAACUAAAACGAGGGGAAGAAUAUGUAGUGAGGGUCAGGACAAGGCCAACAGAAAACCAAGAAUUCCGUGGAACUUGGAGCGAAUGGAGCUCAGAAGCUGAGUGGAGAAAUGAUUACAGACUUACCUUACUGGAUAUGAAAUAUAUCAUUGUCCCGAUCACAUGUUUAGUGUUGAUAUGCCUAAUCAUUGUGCUCUAUGUCUGCCUUACAAGAUUCAAGAAGAAUUGGUGGAAUAAUAUCCCCAACCCAGCAAAAAGCAAGCUUGCCCAGAGCGAACUUCUACAGAAACCAUCUUUAAAUCCAGAAGGAAAAUCUGCAACGAAAGCAUCUUGUGCAAGUUUUAUAAGCAGAAUCGUCAAAGCCCACAAGUCCAGAUGUGACAAGCUCACCCAGCAGCAAAAUGCCGAAGACUAUGUCAAUAUCUGUGGGGGUCAUUUCUAUAAAAAAGUUUUUUUUGAACCUGAGGAUGAAGAUACUGAGAGAUGUGUUAAAAUGUACCUCAUAAAGGAAAGUGAAAAUCCAGUUCAAGAAGACAAAAUGGAAUAUAAGGUUGAGGAUCACCUAAUGGAACCUGGAGACCUGUCUAUUGCCAGGAUGUUUUUUGAUAUACUUUGUGAUUCAUCAGGCGUAAAGGUGGACACAUUUGGAAAGUUUAACACAGGAACCUCACUUGGUGGUUCAGGCUGGAUGGACAGUUUUGGCAAAAAGGAAACACAAAGGUGCAAUUCAAAUGUCUCAGCAUAUCGGGAAUCAGGAUAUAGCAGUUAUGGCUCUGAGGAUUCUCCAAUUGAUUUUGUAGACAUAGAUAGGCUCAAUACUAAAUACUUUGACCAAUGGCCUGACAAUGAAGGAGACUCUAUACCAUACACCUCACGAGGUAGUGUCAAGAAGAACUGUUUAUAUCCAAAAGGAGACCAUUUAGAAAGUUCUGCCUCUAACAGCUUUGCCAAUCUUCUGUAUAAAAGUAAGGAUUUCAUAAUUGAUCCAUCCACAACCUUUUGUCUGGACAAUUUAUCAAACAUAGCGCUUUCCAAAAGGAACAGCCUUCUUACUCCAAAAAGCAUUCUCUAUUAUAAUACGAAAAAUUAUUUUUCACAGAACAAUGACCAUUUUCAAUCAAUCAUAGGACCAAAACCUGAACAGGUUUCUGAAAUUACAUUACAAUGCUGUAAAAGCAACUCUAACCCAACAUCUAUCUGUCAUGUAUCUGAAUAUCAAAGUUUUGAUCAAGCUGUCCAAGUAAAUGAUCCAGAGUAUGGCUGCCACAUAUCCGGAUCUAAAAGUUUUGACCAAGCAGUUCUCGAGGGUGGGCCAAAUUCUGGGUGUCAGGUGUCCGGAUACCAAAGCUUUGAUCAAGCAGUUCAACAAGGUGAUCUGACUUCAGUAUGUCAAGUUACUAAAUAUCAGAGUUUUGACCAAGCAGUUCUCGAGGGUGGACCAGAUUCUGGGUGUCAGGUGUCCGGAUACCAAAGCUUUGAUCAAGCGGUUCAACAAGGUGAUCUGACUUCAGUAUGUCAAGUUACUGAAUAUCAGAGUUUUGACCAAGCAGUUCUUGAGGGUGGACCAAAUUCUGGGUGUCAGGUGUCCGGAUACCAAAGCUUUGAUCAAGCAGUUCAACAAGGUGAUCUGACUUCAGUAUGUCAAGUUACUGAAUAUCAGAGUUUUGACCAAGCAGUUCUUGAGGGUGGACCAAAUUCUGGGUGUCAGGUGUCCGGAUACCAAAGCUUUGAUCAAGCGGUUCAACAAGGUGAUCUGACUUCAGUAUGUCAAGUUACUGAAUAUCAGAGUUUUGACCAAGCAGUUCUUGAGGGUGGACCAAAUUCUGGGUGUCAGGUGUCCGGAUACCAAAGCUUUGAUCAAGCGGUUCAACAAGGUGAUCUGACUUCAGUAUGUCAAGUUACUGAAUAUCAGAGUUUUGACCAAGCAGUUCGACAAAAUGAAACCUCAGGAUCAACCAACUACUCUGUGGUUGAGACAGGAUACAAACCUUUAGAAGAUCUUAUUUUUCAAAAUAGUGACUAUUCAGUUAUGGACAUGUCUAAAAAUGAGGGAGGAUAUCAGUUGGGGAAAAGUCACUGCCAAAAUAAUGCAGAAUAUCUACAAACAAAGACGUUUAUUAAUGUUACAGAUAACAACAAAACCACUACCAACAGUCAAAAACGUGAACUUUCCAUUGCCUCAACCCAAUAUUCGUUGGAGAACUUUCUAAAUUCAACAAAGGAAAAAUACCAUCCAUCUAAAGAUUUUUCAGAUAAAUCUUUUGAGGCUAUAAAGUUAGCAGUGGACACUUCUCUUGAAAAUGACCUGGCAGUAACACAUGAAAGUGUUCCUUUGGCAUUGACUUUUGACAUAUGUGAGCAUUUGAGGAACCUGAAAAACAUGCACGGAAAUAAAGUGCCUCUCAACAACCUGCUAUUUCCUUGCCAUCUGGAUGAUGUUCAGUCUGUUCGAGAAAAGCUUGCAAGUUAUAAAAAGCUCACUAGCCAAAAAUGCCCUUCAACAAAGUUUGACACAAUUGAGAAUUUGUCCUAUUAUUUCCCUCUCUGUGAUUUAGAGGCCCUGGGUCCAGACCAGCAAACUAAACACUUAUUAAUACAGCAAAUUGAUGCAGAUAAAGAUGACAACUCAUACAUGAAGAUAUCAUUACCUUAAUACAACAGUUAAAGAUGUUUGGGAAUUUCCACUUUUUGGAUUAAGGGGACAACCAAGUGAAACUUGCCUGGGUUUAAAAAAUAUCAAGUUUCAGGAAGAUCAGUGUUGCUGGUUAAAUGUGUUUUGGCAGCCCUUUUUUGUGAUAUUUUAAACGUUGGGGGAGUUUUACUAAAUUAAAAAAAAACAUGCUCACUUGGUACAGCAGAUGUUAAUUUUGCAAAGUGAACGUUCACUUAAAGGAU